AUGGAGUCCCCAGCCAGUACUUGUCUGAUCUGUUUGCGUCUAUUUGGAAAAGGGACCCACGGUAGCAGUUACCCUGUGGCUGUAAUGGCUCUUCCUCUCAACGAAGAGAUCUUGUCCGCUUUGAAAACCCUCCAGAAAUAUAAGUUCACGGAGGCGGAACUAGCUCUAAAGCAAGAAGCCGGUUUAUUAUCGAAUGAUUCUGCCGAGGAGUUUUUCAAAUUCAAAGCGUAA